AUGAACUUUCUAUCUAAAACUUUAAGUACCUUGACUGGUACUUCGAUUCCUUACACGGUGAAAGAGGAGAUUCCUACCUCGCCUAAGUCGAUAUGGACGGUUUACAAUGGGUUAAACCCGAAGGGAGAUAAUUCACCUGUUAGUAUUUUCGAAAUGAAUUUAAGGAAUGACGUGAAUAUCAAUAGAAACUACGUGUCAUUGGCCAGGAAUUGUUUUAAGAAACUGAAAUUGGUUAAAUUUCCAGGUAUUAUUAGUAUAAUUGAUUUUAUUGAAAAUGAUAAUUAUUUAUAUAUAAUUACCGAACCAGUUAUUCCAUUACAAAGCUAUUUGAAGCAAUAUGGGAACGAAGUAGGAGAUGAUGCAAAAAUUUAUGGGAUUUACAAUAUUGGAGAGACCUUAGAUUUUAUUAAUAUGAAAUGUCAAUGCGUUCAUGGAUCCUUAUCUGUUUAUAAUGAUUCAGUGUUUGUUAAUAAACUGGGGGAAUGGAAGUUGUUUGGAUUUGAAUUAUUAACGAAUUUAACGAGCGAUCCGGAUCAACCAAUCUAUAGAUUGAGUGGAUAUUCACCAAGUUUCCAAGAUGAAUUACCAGGUGAUGUUUUAAAUCAGGGCAUUGAAGCAAUUAGAGGAUUCCCAAUUAGAUUUGAUUCUUACAAAUACGGUAUUUUCAUUCAUCAAAUAUUCAAUCAAGGGAUAGAUUUCAAUAAUAUUGGUAAGAUGCCAAAACAAUUAAGCGUUCAGUACAAAAAAUUGAUAAAUCCAAAAUUGAAUUUACGGAUAUCAAUACAAGCUUUCUUGAAAGAAACCGGGAAAUUUUUUGAAUCGAAUAAAGUUAUUCAGUUUAACAAACAAUUAGAAGAAAUUCAAUUCAAAAAUGAUUUUGAAAAAUUGAAUUUUUUCAAAUUUGAACUUUCGAAUUACGUUGGAGAAGAUAUUGAUAUAAAAUUUCCCCCUGGGUUUUUAGACUUUAAGUUAUUACCCGAAUUGAUUAACCAGUAUAACAAUCUUCUCAAGCCCAACAAUGCUCAACAACUGGUUGAAGACUUACAGCAAAGACAAGAAACCACUAGUGUUUUAUUAAACUAUAUACUAAAAUUUGGAGUUAAGUUGAAUAAAGACGAAUUUUGUCUUAAAGUCAAGCCAAUCAUACUCAAUGCAUUCCAAUCUGCUGAUAGAUCGAUACGUCUUAUAUUGUUAACUCAUUUAUCAUCGUAUAUUGAAAAUUUGACUGAAGGAGAUAUUCAAUCUAAAGUUUUUUAUAAUUUGAUAACUGGAUUUCAGGAUACCAAUUUCAUGAUUAGAGAAACCACAUUGACCUCGAUAAUGAUUAUAAUUGAUAAAGUAUCGGUUAAGCAAGUUAAUCAGGAUUUAUUGAAAGUGCUUGCUAAAUCCCAAAUGGAUCCCAAACCGUCAAUUAGAACUAAUACUUUGGUUCUUAUAAUUAAGAUAUCCGAUAAAAUAUACCAAAAUUCAAAAAAUAAUGUCUUAAUUACCGCAUUAUCGAAAUCAUUGAGGGAUAGUUUCAUUCCUUGUAAAAUGACAUCAUUAUCAGGAUUUGAAAAAUUGAUUAAUGAGUUUAGUUUGGAAGAAAUAUGUUCUAAAAUAUUGGGUCAAUUAGCAAUUCUGUUAAUGGAUAACCAAUCUUACAAAGUUAGAAAAGAAGCUAAACGAAUCUUUGAAUUAUAUUUGGAUAUGGUUGAAAAACAUGCUAGUACUUUACCCCGGUCAGAGAAUGAAGACGACGAGGACGCAGAAGAAAAAGAAUUUUUCAAAAAAUACGCUCCAAAUAAUAAUGGUUUGGCACAGCAAGUAUCACAGGCUUCACAAGACGUUACUCAAGCUUCCAAAUUCAAUUUUGGAUGGGGUAUGGUUAACAAACUAGUAGCUUCUUCGGAGGUAGAAGGAGAGUUAAACAACGACUUCAAUUCUUCGACUCCGGACUUAACCAGAGUCACCACCCCAACCAUAUCCAAUAAACGGGAGCCCGCCACAUCUUUUGCCAACGAUAUUAUCAACGAUGAUGAUUUGGAUGAUGGCUGGGGCGAUGAACUCAAUAAUUUAUCUUUGCAAGAUAAGCCAUCGGAAAAAUUAUCAACAAUUAGAUCAACAACUAGAGUUCCGACUAAAACAAAUAACAAUUCCCGUAAAACUAGCAGUUUGAAAUUAGGAACUAAGAAGGAUACUACAAGGAAGCCUCCAGGAUCAACCUUAAAAUUAGACCUUACAAUCGAUGACGACGUUGAAGAUGGCUGGGGUGGUUGGUAG